AUGGCAACGAACCAACAAGCACAAGAGGCUGAAAUACCGCAUGCGACAACAACAAGGUCCCAAUGCACAGUGGGGAAGCAAGACUCGACAUGCUCAUUCGCCCCACCUGGCGGUACCCGGGUCCAGAAGCCUACAACGUCCUGCUCCACUACCGAUCCGGACCCUACCAGCAGACCAGCCCCUUCUACCAGCACUUGGGCACAGGAACCUGCAUGGCCUGGCCGAAAUGCAAAAACGUGGGACACCCAUUGCAGGCAACGGCUGAACGGGAUACCAGUCUACGCAACCACUCCUGCCGGAGACACUUCACAAUCCAUCCGCACGCUCCUGGCACUUUCCGAUCCUGGGAAUCAGCUUACUGAUGACUCUCUCUCAUAA